AUGGGGAAACUGAUCAGGAUCGGGCUGCAGGAGAGGCGUUUACCCCGGCCAAAAAGGCUUCGUUGGAGUCGCCUCCUCUUCCUCCUGGGGAUGUUGAUCAUCGGUUCUACCUAUCAGCACCUGAGGAGACCUCGGGGUCUGCUCUCGCUGUGGGGGGACGUCUCUUCCCAAAAACCUAUCAGAUUGGCCAGCCGGGACCUCCCCAGCGAUGAGACGAUGAUGGUGACCAGUAAGCCUCCACCAGCCAGCUCUGAAGUGGAGGGUGAGACGGCAGUACCCCAAGCCUCCGUGGGCAGGGAUCCAGCACCGCUCAGCAUGCCAAGGGCUAGCACCCCGAGUCCACCCAGGAGAACAGCCAAGCUCAUCACAAUGACACCAGUGAACAAUCAUAGCCCAACAGCAGCCAGCACAGAAAGAGGGAAGGAAAACACCCCAACCACCAGAGUUCUGAGCCACUAUGCCCCAUCUUCAGGCAGACUAAUGGUGGAAAACCAUACCCAGACACCCAGGGAAGAAAUGAAGAGCUACCGCCCGACUCAAGCCAGGAGAAAAGGAAAGAAGCCCACCCUCUCCCCAGCCAGGGCAACAGCAGACACUUACGCCCCACCCACAGUCACCACGAGGGAAACAAGCCACAGAGUCACCACCAGAGCAACGGCGCGAGACAGCGAAACCAUGGCAAUCUAUGAAGUAUGGGAGGCCAAUUCACCUAAGAGAAGAGCAGAUGAAACCACCCCCACUACGUUCCCGGGAAUAGUUAUGAACACCCCAAUUUUCCGAACACAAAGGGCAAAAACAAGCACCUUGCCCUCCCCAAGUAAUUUAGUGGAGAAAGAUGCCCUGAGUAGCCCCAGAAGCGGGGGAACUAAGAACUCUGCCAGUCCCUGGACACCAGUGGGAAACAACAAGCUGACAAUUCCUUGGGGAGAAGCCUUGGAGAACACCUCGACCACUUCCAGGGGGCAGAUAACAAUCAUCACGGUGACAGGGAGCAGCCCAGUGAAAACCCAAGCUUCCACUGCUGCUGGAAGUGUUAGGAACCCCCCGCUGCAACCCAGGGCACCUGCCCCUAGAACAGCCCCGGUCACCCACUGGGAGCUGGCAAAGGAACCUCCGACAGCACCGCGCAGUAGCUCUGUAGCCCCCAAAGUUAGGGCCACUCUGACCACUCGGGUCCAGCACUGUGUGGUUGUGGAGUCAGCUGCAGCUGCACCCAGCACCCCAUCCCACAGCCCCACGAUAGCCUUGCUCCCAGAGGCACCCGACCCUAGUCCCUCGGCAACACUGCCUGGCUGGCCAGACCCGCACCCCAAGGCAGAGUAUCCCCCAGACCUGUUCAGUGUGGAGGAGCGGCGGCAGGGCUGGCUGGUUCUGCAUAUCUUUGGCAUGAUGUACGUGUUUGUGGCCUUGGCCAUCGUAUGCGACGAGUACUUUGUCCCAGCCCUGGGCGUCAUCACAGAGAAGCUGCAGAUCUCUGAGGAUGUGGCAGGUGCCACAUUUAUGGCUGCUGGAGGUUCUGCCCCGGAGCUCUUCACCUCCCUCAUUGGGGUCUUCAUUUCCCAUAGCAACGUGGGCAUCGGUACCAUUGUGGGCUCUGCCGUAUUCAACAUCCUGUUUGUCAUCGGCACCUGUGCCCUCUUCUCCCGGGAGAUACUCAACCUUACCUGGUGGCCACUGUUCCGUGAUGUCUCCUUCUACAUCCUCGACCUGUCCUUGCUCAUCGUCUUCUUCCUGGACAGCCUCAUUGCCUGGUGGGAAAGCCUCAUGCUGUUGCUGGCCUAUGCCCUCUACGUGGUCACCAUGAAGUGGAACAAGCAGAUCGAGGUCUGGGUGAAAGAGCUGCUCAGCAGGAGGCCGGGAGCCAAGAUCCUGGCCCUGGGGGACCUCAGCAAGCCAGAUGACGGGGCUGUUCCGGCAGAUGAGCACCAGGACCAGAAGAAGCUGAAGUUCCCGUUCGCGCUGUCCCGAGGGAGCAGCUCAGCCUCGCUGCACAACAGCACCAUCCGCACCACCAUCUACCAGCUCAUGCUCCACAGUCUGGACCCCAUGGGGGAAGCCCGCCCCUCCAAGGACAAAGAGAGUAUGACUCAUGAGGCCAGAGCCCAACCCCAGGUCAAAGCAGAGAGCAAAGCAGAGAAGGAGGAGCCAGUCGAGCUCCCUGCGGUCACGGUCACACCAGCCCCUGCUCCAGACAUUCAGGGAGAUGAGGAGGAGGAUCCUGGAGGCCAGGAUGACAUGGCUGGAACUGAGAAUGGAGGCGAAACAACAGGUGAAGAGGGUGAAACUGCGGAGAAAAGUGGAGGGGAAGUUCCUCCAGACGGGGAAGGGGAAACAGCAGAAGAAGGAAAAGAUGAACAUGAAGACAAAAUUAAGCCAGAGGGAAAAGACUAUGAAAGUGAAACUGAGGCAGAAGGAAAAGGUGAACAGGAAGAUGAAAUCCAAGCAGAAGAUGGUGACAUGCAAGGGGAAGGGGAAGCUGAAGCCCCAGAAGUCAAGUGUGAAAAUCAGAAAGAUGAAAAUGAAAUCCAAGCAGAAGAUGGUGACAUGCAAGGGGAAGGGGAAGCUGAAGCCCAAGAAGUCAAGUGUGAAAAUCAGGAAGACAAAAAUGAGAAAGAUGCAGAUGGUGAGGGGGGCAGUGAUGGAAGUGACACUGAGGAGGACGAUGAAGAGGAAGAGGAUGAAGAGGAUGAAGAGGAGGAAGAGGGGGAGGAUGAAGAGGAACACGAGGAGCCUCUGUCCCUGGACUGGCCUGAGACCAGGCAGAAGCAGGCCAUUUACCUCUUCCUCUUGCCCAUUGUGUUCCCACUGUGGCUGACGGUGCCCGACGUUCGGAGGGAGGAGUCUAGGAAGUUUUUUGUCAUCACCUUCCUGGGAUCCAUCAUUUGGAUAGCCAUGUUCUCCUAUCUCAUGGUGUGGUGGGCUCACCAGGUUGGUGAAACAAUAGGGAUUUCAGAAGAGAUCAUGGGCUUGACAAUUCUGGCAGCAGGCACAUCAAUUCCUGACCUCAUCACCAGUGUGAUCGUUGCUCGGAAAGGCCUGGGAGACAUGGCUGUGUCAAGCUCAGUGGGCAGUAACAUAUUCGACAUCACUGUGGGCCUGCCAGUCCCUUGGUUGCUUUUCUCCCUUAUCAACGCGUUGCAGCCAGUUCCUGUCAGCAGCAAUGGUUUGUUCUGUGCGAUUGUCCUGCUUUUCCUCAUGCUUCUGUUUGUCAUCUCUUCAAUUGCAUCGUGCAAAUGGAGAAUGAACAAGAUCCUGGGCUUCACCAUGUUCCUUCUUUACUUUGUGUUCCUGAUCAUCAGUGUGAUGCUAGAAGAUCGAAUCAUCUCCUGCCCUGUGUCUGUCUGAGUCAAGGCUGACCUGUGCACAAAGGACGUGGGGGGAACCGGGCCAGCAGUUCCUGGACCUGUCGUCAGAGUAAGGAUAACAUGAUCCAGGACAGUGGAGCAAGCAGCCCAGAGUCUCUGGUGACAAUGUGACUUGGGCCUGACCCACAUCUUUGGAAACACCUGCAGCUCUCUGUGGAUUAAGGAACCUCGUGCCUGGAGGUGGCAGCUGUACCCCAACUCAAGCACACAGCUAUCACAUGGAGGCAGGGGGAACCCUGCAGCCAGACAUGGGGGAGGGACUGCACAGCAGCAAUAACCUGAGCUCUCUGGCUCACAUUUAGUUACCUGGUCGUUCCCGAAGAGCCCCUGCCCAAAGAUGCCCCUGACCAUUUAGAUGGGUCUAAAUCUCACUUCCUGGCCCUGCCCAAGCACACACUGCAGUUUGCUAUGUCCUCUCUUUCUGUUCAAAGGUGAAUUUCUAUGAGGUUUGCAAUCACUACAGAUUUGGUUAUUAUACGGCUAAGGCUACGAGAAAAAAUGGGUAACAGAAUCAGUUAGCAUUUUUCAUCAAUCCAGUGAAGUAUACACCAAUAUUUUCUAGCUUAAAGGGAAGGCAUUAGCUUUUACUGUUGCAUUUCUGGAAGGUGAAAUUCAAACACAAAACAGAGAAGUGAAAAUUUAAUUUUCUUUUGAUUUGGAAGAAGUGGAGAACUGAAAAGUACUCUAAGGGCUAUUUAAAAAUCUGUACAUACUAGGAAUUCAUGUUGCCUCCAUCAGUGGUCACCUGAGGGAUUAGGCACUGAGCUGCCACGGUUCUCAUUGAGCAGUGAUGUGAUUUUAAGGAGCUCAAAGUUGGCAGACUCACAUCUGGUUUAUAAAGUAAGUGAUCUAGUGGGGCUGUUCUAUUUCUUGUAUGUCAACUUUGACAGGAUUAUAAGGCGGGAAGACAUUUCUUGUGUGGCUUAGAAGUGGAUUUUAAGGCAGUUUACACAGGGGAAAUUCCAAAAGUAACACAAUGAGAAGAUAAGAAAAAAAAAUCAGUACUUCUAAGUUAGCUACUAUAAAAGACAUGUGUUAUCAUAAACAUUUGUUUAAACAUUUUAUGUGGAUUUUGAUAGCUUCAUGUCACUGGUUUCAGAGCAAAAGGAGCUUAGGUGACCUCAGAUUAUGAUGGCAAAUGUGGUUUUAAUUACAAGUAUGAGGGAUAAUUCACUAAAGCAAGGGAUGGUGGGAAAAAGUGAUGUUAAAAAGUGUCAAUCAUUUGGUGUGGAUGGCUAUGGUGUGCGAAGAACUCCAUCUUUUAAGAUGAACUGGUUCAUUUAAUUAACUGUCUCAUUGCUUUGAGGCCCAUUCUUUGCAAGUAAUUUUUAUUAAAUUCCAAUAAAAAUUGUGCAUUCUAGUGGUAUUAUACUUUAUAAACAUCGG